AUGGCACCCGUGGGCGGCGCCGCCAUUCGGCCGCCGAAACAACGGUGCUCCCAGCCGAUGCCCUUCGACCCGGAAGAGCUCUCACAGAAACUCAACGAAGUCAUCGCCGACCGCCAGGCUUAUUCCGAGAGAAGAAGGAGAGCCAGGGCCGAGGCCGCGGCAGGCGGCAACUCAGCGCCGAUGAACCCAACCUCAGCUACUCAACCACCACACGCUAGCAUGGCCAGGGAAAUAUUCGAACAAGGCACUCUCAAGCCCGGAGAACGUCGAACCGUGAUCAACCCCGUCAGACCGCGCACCGAGCCGGCAGCGAAGAAGCCCGCGGCACCCAAGGAGAGGCCCGAUACCAGCGCGGCGCGGCCAAAGUCCAAGAUGUCCGAUGACAGCCGGAGCUCGAGCUCCAAGUCAAAGGACUCCUCCAAGAGCAAGCACCACUACAUCCCGCAGUUCGCCGCCUCGCAAUUUGCGCGGACGACCACGUCGGACAGCAUGCCGGAGGGCAAGGGGCUCGUCCACAAGCUGUCCCGCACCGCUCUGAGGAUCGCGCAGGCUCACCGGGAGCGGCAUCAGCAGGAACGCAAGAACUUCUACUCGGACCGCAUCCCGGAGGAUGAGACGCAGCCGAUUGAACGCCCGCAUCGCGACAGGAAUCACCACAGGCACACCAUCGAAGGUGCACCUGCCGGACAUCAUGCGGAAGACCGCCGCGCCCGCGCUGCUAGGCGCGCGAGCACAGGGGCUGCAGACCUGUUGAUGACGUGGGAAUCCGGCACCUCGUCACCGAACCCGGACGGCGACAGCCCCGAAGUGCCCGACCAGGAUCCCUAUGACCGCCGUGCCGACUGGACGCAAAGGGACGAAGCUCCUCCCCACCAGCCAGAGCAGCAGGCACAACGGCAAAAGUCCAGGCCUUCUCUACGCAGCGCAGAUUCCAUCUGGGCGUUGAGGAACAAGCUGAGCGCGCUGACCAAACACAAGCAGGAUGAUCAGCAGCAGAGGUCCAGGGAUGGCAGCCCGCCGUCUGACACCACGCUCAGGUCACCCAAGAGCGGAUUCUUCGCUAGAUUCAAGGUCAACCAUUGA